AUGGCUACUACGGUUUUAUCAGAUCGUCAGAGGGACGAGCUAGCCAUCCUCGAUUAUCUUUAUGCCACCGGUUAUACAGAAUCGUUCAAUACCCUCAAAUCGGAAGCAAGUCAAAGUGAUUUCAAUCCGGAUCCUAAACAAAAAUAUGCCGGAUUGCUAGAGAAAAAAUGGACGUCGGUCAUUCGAUUACAGAAAAAAAUAAUGGACUUGGAAGGCAAGAUUACACAAAUGCAAGAAGAACUUAAUAACGCUCCUCUUAGAAAGGUUAACAAAUCGGAUGAUUGGGUACCACGAGCUCCUGAAAAAUACUCGUUAACAGGACAUAGAAAUCCAGUUACACGCGUUACAUUUCAUCCAGUAUUUUCCGUAUUAGCGUCUGCAUCGGAAGAUACUACUAUAAAAAUUUGGGAUUAUGAGACUGGAGAAUUUGAACGUACUCUCAAAGGUCAUACUAAAUCAGUUCAAGAUAUAGCUUUUGAUCCGAAAGGCAACUUUUUAGUUUCCUGCUCUGCAGAUUUGACAAUAAAGGUUUGGGAUUUGCAGAACGAUUAUAAAUGUGUUAAGACUUUAUAUGGACAUGAUCAUAGUGUUUCUUCCGUUGCAUUCUUACCUUCUGGUGAUAUUAUUGUAUCUGCUUCUCGUGAUAAGACCAUUAAAUUGUGGGAAAUGUCAUCAGGGUAUUGUACAAAGACUUAUGCUGGUCAUUUGGAAUGGGUACGAAUGGUCUCACCAAGUGAAGAUGGAAAAUGGAUUGCUACUAGUUCAAAUGAUCAGACUGCACGUCUUUGGGAUGUAACAACCGGAGAGUGCAAGAUGGAAUUUAGAGGUCACGAUCACGUUGUAGAGUGUUCGAUUUUUGCUCCUGCUGCUGCAAUUCCCCAUAUACGAGAGAUGAUAGGGCUAGUUGUUGAUCCGAAAGCUAAUUCCAAAGAUCAAAUACUUCCCGGUCAUUAUAUUGUGACAGGAUCGAGGGAUAAGACGAUUAAAGUGUGGGAUUCGACAGGCCAAUGUGUAAAGACAUUGGUCGGUCAUGACAAUUGGGUGCGUGGUUUAGUUUUUCAUCCUAGUGGCAAAUAUCUUCUCAGCGCAUCUGAUGACAAGACCUUGAAGAUAUGGGAUAUGAGAACUGGUCGAUGCACGAAGACUUUGGAAGCGCAUGCUCAUUUUGUUACGUGUAUUGCAUUUAAUAAAACAAAUCCUGUUGUGGCUACAGGGUCUGUGGAUCAGACAGUGAAAAUUUGGGCACCAUUCAGGUGA